CCUCGCGGCACUGCGCCGAAGGUUUCUGGCACAACUAUUCGGACUACUCAAACUGCACAGAGCGCAUCUCCAACACCUCAGCAACAGAUGUCUCGAGCCUAAUCUACCUCGCCGGCUACUCGCUCAGCCUCGCUAUGCUGUCGCUGGCUGUAUUCGUCUUCCUAUACUUCAAAGAUCUAAGAUGUCUACGAAAUACAAUACACACAAAUCUCAUGUCGACGUACAUUCUGUCAGCCUGCAGUUGGAUACUAAAUUUAUCUUUACAGAAUUGGUCGGACGAGGCGUCGCAAGAUCAAACGUCGUGUAUGAUCCUUGUGAUUUGUAUGCACUACUUUUAUUUGACCAACUUCUUCUGGAUGCUGGUUGAAGGUCUAUAUUUGUAUAUGCUAGUCGUGGAAACGUUUACUGCAGAAAAUAUAAAGUUAAAAGUCUACACCACUAUUGGAUGGGGCGCGCCGGCGGUGUUCCUAACGAUAUGGGUGAUAUCGCGGUGUCUCGUCACCGUGGUGCCUUCCAGUUCCACCGGCUCAGACGGGCUGGCGCUGGCUGGCGAGGCGAAGGUCUGCCUCUGGAUGCACGAGCACCAGGUGGACUGGAUCCACAAGGCACCCUCGCUCAUAGGGCUCGCGCUCAACCUCUUCUUUCUAGUCAGAAUCAUGUGGGUUCUCAUAACGAAACUGCGGUCAGCCAACACUCUAGAAACAGAGCAGUAUAGGAAAGCAACUAAGGCUUUGCUGGUGCUGAUACCCCUGCUGGGUAUCACCAACUUGCUGGUGCUGUGCGGCCCCAGCGACGACUCGUGGUUCGCGGCUGCCUUCGAGUACACAAGGGCAUUAAUGCUCUCCACACAGGGUUUCACCGUAGCAUUGUUUUAUUGCUUCAUGAACACUGAAGUACGGCACGCUAUUAGGUAUCACGUAGAACGGUGGAAGACCGGACGAGCGAUAGCUGGAGGCCGGCGGAGAGGCGCCUCGUACUCCAAGGACUGGUCUCCUAGGUCCAGGACCGAGAGCAUACGGUUGUACAGCCACCCGUCGAAGCGAGAGUCGGCCGCGUCCGAAACCACGACCACAACACUACUGGUACCGCGGCACUCGCUGGCUCCCCACCAUUUACAUGUCGAGUAUAAUGGCAGCGGCAGCGCCAGCGGCGACCAGUCGCCCGUGUGAGGUGAGAGGCGAGGGGGGCCCCCGCGACUACGCACUUUGUCCGAGGAAGACACACCUACCUCGCCCGCCUCUCUCGCUCUCUUCAACUGUCCUUUCGACGUGCCUACUGUCUCUGUUCAGUAAUUAUUCGCUCCGCGCAUGACUAUAGCGCCACCCUAGUGUGGAACAUAUUGUUUAUAUGACAGUUCGCAGCUGCCAAAUAUGAUGUCGUGGUGUCGCUUGUA